AAGGCUACUACACCAAGGAAAUAUAUAUAUAUCCAUAUAAAUACAUACUCAAGCUCACACUCUCCAUAGCUAUGUCGCUCAGAGUUGCUGCUGAGAAUUUCCCUCUAUCUCCGGUCACCGGAGAGGAGUUGACAGUGAGGGAGUAUGAGGAAGGGAGAGAUAAGGCAGCAGUGGAGGAGAUGGAGAAGCUGUGUGAAGUUGGUCAGCGAGGAAAACCUUCUCUUGUCACUGACCUUUUGGGUGAUCCAAUUUGCCGCGUUCGCUAUUUUCCAUCUUAUGUUAUGCUGGUAGCAGAAUACGGGAAAGAGAGGCAGAUAGUAGGAGUUAUAAGAGUAUGCAUAAAAACUGUGACAAGAGGAAAUUCAUCAGAUUAUGUAAAGUUGGCAUACAUUCUGGGGCUAAGGGUCUCUCCUACUCACAGGAGGCUUGGCAUUGGCUCCAAAUUAGUUCAAGAAAUAGAAGAAUGGUGCAAGCAAAAAGGGGCAGAAUAUGCAUAUAUGGCAACAGACUGCACCAAUGAACCUUCCAUCAAUCUUUUCACUAGAAAAUGUUCUUACACAAAAUUUCGUACUCUUUCUAUGUUGGUCCAACCCGUUCAUGCCCAUUACAAGCCAAUAGAUUCGGAUGUUGCCAUUGUCCGGCUCACUGCAAAACUGGCCGAAUCAAUAUAUUGUCGAGCAUUUGCUGAUGCAGAAUUUUUUCCUAAGGAUAUUGAUACAAUUUUAUCUAGCAGGCUAAAUUUGGGCACGUUUAUGGCCAUGCCCAAAAAAUUUCUCUCAAAAUGGGAUCCAAAAACAGGCAUUCUUCCCUCAAAUUUUGCUAUACUGAGUGUGUGGAACACCAAGGAAGUGUUCAAAUUGCAAGUGAAGGGUGUGUCUAAACUAACAUAUGCAUGUUGUAAGGGUUCAAGGUUGUUGGAUUCUUGGAUGCCAUGGUUGAGGUUGCCUUCGUUUCCUGAUGUUUUUAGACAAUUUGGUGUCUAUUUCUUGCAUGGUUUACAUAUGGAAGGUAAACAUGCAUCGCGGCUCAUGAAGGCUCUAUGUGCCUUUGCACAUAAUAUGGCUAGAGACGAUGAUGGGUGUGGGGCCGUGGUGGCUGAAGUGGGACACUGUGACCCAGUUGGGAAAGUGAUACCGCAUUGGAGGAAGUUCUCUUGGGCAGAAGAUCUAUGGUGCAUCAAGAAGAUGAGUGAUGAUGAGAAGCAAAAUGUUGAUGAAAAUUGUGGGCCGUCCGAUUGGAUGAGAUCAAGACCUGCUUCAUCAGUUAUUUUUGUUGACCCACGUGAUUUUUGACCCUAUCUACCCUUUUAUACUUGAAAAGAUAAAUGUUAAUAGUCAGUGUUUUUUUUUUACACAUUUUCUUUUUUAAUGAAAUUAAUUGUCAUUUCGUCAAGUGAUCCACAGAUGUCAUAAAUCAACCACUUUUAACAUUAACAAAACUAAUCAGAAGAAUCAUCUUCUUUGUCAAGUUACAAUUACUUAAUUUUAAAUCAUAUUUGCAUGAAAAUGAAAAUUCAAAAAAAAAAAAAAACAGAAAAAAAUCUGAA